AUGAUAAUAUCAGGGAGAAGUAUUACUGUGGACCUCGUUGUUAAUGUUUAUGUGUUUUUACAGGUUACCAUGGUUGAAAUCUCAGAAGAUGAUUCUGCUUCUAAUCUUCCAAUUAUACAUGGAGUGGCAUCACAAAUGGGACCUCCCCCUCCAUGUACACCGCGUUUUGGAAAAGUGCAUGGACCAUCAGCAGGGACAGGGAGUACCGCUGGCUCAUCUACACCAGCUUCUAAACCUUCACAUGCUUGUGCCGCAGGUGAAACAUUAGAUAAUAAUCCUAAUGCUAGUGUGAGGAGAUCAAAGGUAUGGGAUCACUAUGAUAUUUAUGAAAAUGGUGAGAGAGCGAAAUGUAAAUAUUGCAAAAAGGCUAAUUACAAGAUUGGUAAGAAAAAUUUGGAUGGUAAGAAACAUGGGACUUCUAAUCUCCAACAUCAUUUGGAUAAGUGUCAGAAGUAUAAGAAUGAAAUGAAUGAGGCUAGAGCUGACGGACAACAAACACUUGACUUCCAUCCUUGCAAGCUUGGAGAGGAACCACAGUUGGUUGGGGUGUCUUUUUCUCAAGAUGCGUGCAGGAGAGCGCUGAUUAGAUUUAUCGUUACCGAUGAAAUGGCUUUUAGAAUUGUUGAAGGUGAAGGUUUUAUAGCUUUUUGUAAGUAUCUUGAGCCUCGAUUUAAGCUUCCAAGUCGUAUGACAAUAUACCGUGAUGUGUGCAAGCUGUUUUUGACAAAGAAGGCUAAUCUGAAAAGUUAUUUCAAAGCAAACAAGAAACUACAUAAAAGAAUUAUCUGUUUUUGUUUGAUUGAUAGCCAUGAAGGUACAAAAAUUGGAGAUGCUUUGGCGAAAUGUUUGCUAGACUGGGGACUUGAAAAGGUUUUCACUGUGACGCUUGAUAAUGCGUCUGCAAAUAAAGUUGUUGUUGACUAUUUGAGGAAGAGAGUUCAGAGUUGGGGUUCUGCAUUACUCGGAGCUAAACAUUUACAUGUUCGAUGUGCGGCUCACGUACUUGCACUUGUUGUGAAGGACGGUAUGAAGAAGUAUCAUACAUCACUUCUCAGGAUCAGGGCAGUGGUAAAAUAUGUCACGAAAUCUCCCGCAAGAUAUAAAAGGUUUACGGAGGCUGCUGAGUCGGAAAGAAUAGAUUGUAAAAAGGUUCUGAUAUUAGAUGUGAGAACGCGGUGGAAUUCUACUUACUUAAUGCUUGUUGCUGCUGAAAGAUAUGAAAAUGCAUUUGAAAGGCUACGUGAUUUGGAUAAGGAAUUUUGUGAAGAGUUUUGCUUUGAUAUUCCAGUACCAGAUAAUAUUAUGGGUGAUGGUGAUGAUACUGUUGAUCUUGAUGCUGAUUAUGAUAUGGAAUCAGAAAAUGAAGAAGAACUUGAUACUACUGAAGAAGAAGAUUCUGCUGCUGUCAGGAAAGCCAAGAAAAAAAAACAGGCCAAAAAAUUAGAAGAAUGGAAAAAUACACAUGAGGACCCUUUCUUAAGCCACAUGGGUGCUGUAAUGUUGCUCAAGUACAACAAAUAUUGGGGAACAUACAGAAAGAUGAAUUCGUUGAUGUUUAUGGCUGUACUUCUUGACCACGAGAGAAAGAACAUGGAUUAUUUGUGA